CCUGUUUGCAGUCAAAAUACAGUAGCUUCAUUCACUGCCUACAAAAGACUCCUACCAAACAAGACAGAACAAUGGUGUAUAACUGUACAAUGCUAGAUGACUUCCUGUUGCAGUACUACCUGACUCCCGCCUAUGCCCUGGAGUUUGCCCUGGGUUUCCCCAGCAACCUGCUGGUGGUCCUGGGUUAUGUGUUCUGCCUGCCAGAGUGGAAGAGCACCAAUGUUUACCUGUUCAACCUCGCUGUCUCUGAUCUCAUCUUUCUGUGCACGCUGCCACGCCUCUCCUACCUGUACGCCAACGCCCAAUUAGAAGACAGUGGCUUCGGCUGCACCAUCAACCGCUAUAUUCUCCAUACCAACCUCUACUCCUCCAUCCUUUUCAUGGUGUGGGUCAGCAUGGACCGCUUCCUGCUCGUACGACACCCGUCACGACUUCACUUCCUGUUGACCAAGAAGGCGGCCCUCUGCUUGUCUCUCAUGACCUGGGUGGCAGUUAACAUGCAGGUGGCCCCCCUAAUAUUGUACAUGGUCCAGGACAUGCGGAAAGGGAACUGGAGCUUAUGUAAGGACUUUGGGAGCCUGGGGAUUAUGGAUAACUUGCUGGGAUACAGCCUGGGCCUGACGGUGACUGGCUACCUGCUGCCUCUGCUGGGGCUUGGCUUCUUCAGUUACCACAUCAACCGGCUUCUCUGUGUCCAGGCGAAAGUGAUUCAGGGCAAGGGGACAUCAUUCCGCCGGCCCGUACGGGUGGUCUCUGCUGUAGCGGCCAUGUUUCUGGUACUGUAUCUGCCCUAUCAUUUGAUGAGGAAUGUGAGGAUAGCGUCGCGGCAUCCCUGGGCAGGGCUGUCUGACUGCCACAAGAUAUAUAUAGAGAGUGCAUACAUCCUGACCAGGCCGGUGGCGUUCUUCCAUAGUGUAAUUAACCCUGUGUUCUACUUCUUCAUGGGAGACAAGUUCAGAGAGCUCCUAUUGGCCAAGAUCAGAGGCCUGGUGAGACAGCUAAAACAGAGGACAGGGAUCGCAAUGUGAGAUCCUGUUGGACAACUUCAAACACACACAAACAAACA